UUCACAUUUUCUUUUUCCUUCAACAUCUCAACGCCACUGAGGCCAUCUCUGUUUUUUCUUAUUCUUUACAGAUUCAACAAAGUCCAGAACGAAGCCUUGUUUUCUUCCGUAUGUGAAAAUCAGUCCCUCGCUUCUCAAUUUUGAUCCAUAUUUAGGAUUCCAAACCAGGGUUGUUUGUGUCAAGCAGGUGAAAAUCACGGUGCUUCUCGUGGACUGUGAAUAGGUCAAAUUGCACAAAUUUUACUUUCUAGGUUUUACAGUGAGGUUAACAGAAAUUUGGGCGUUUGGAUUUUGAUUUGAAUUCUGUCAUGGAGUGCAACAAGGAUGAGGCUUUGAGGGCCAGAAAAAUUGCUGAAGCUAGAAUGCAAAGUGGUGAAUUUCAAGAGGCUCUCAAGUUUGCUACCAAGGCCAAAAACCUUUAUCCGGAUGUGGGAAACAUCAGCCAUGUUCUUACGAUUUGUGAGGUUCAUAAUGCUGCACAGAGAAAACUCUCUCCCUCUGAAAUGGAUUGGUAUGCGAUUCUUCAGAUUGAAAGACUGGCGGAUGAAACAGCCAUAAAGAAACAGUACAAGAGGCUUGCACUCCUACUUCAUCCUGAUAAAAAUAAGUUUGGUGGUGCAGAAACUGCUUUCAAAUUGGUUGGGCAAGCCAAUGGGGUUUUGAGUGACCAAGCAAAACGUUCUUUGUAUGACAAGCAGUUUGCUGUCUCUGUGAAAAGCCGACCUGUGCCGAAAUCCGCGGAUUCCAAGAAGAAAGCUGACCAGAAUACAUUCUGGACAUGUUGCCAACAUUGUAAAACUAACUACCAGUUGUUCAUGCCGUUUGUGAAUUCAACCAUAAGCUGCAAACAGUGUUUGAAGUUCUUUAAAGCUUGUGCUAUUCCUUUGGUAAAUAUCCAGAAGAAGUCUCCAAUGCAUGGUCCCCGAAAACCAGCCUCUGAAAGUACCGGUGGAAAAACCCCUGGUGGAGGAGAACAUGCUAGUGCGUUUGUAAGGCCAAAUCCUAUGUCUAUGAAAAAAUGUUCUUCUGGCGUUGGUGGUCCUCCAUGCACAGGCGCGGAAUCACAAACUUCUAAAAAUGUUGGAAGUAAAAGAGUUAGGCAGUCAGCACCAGACUCAGGAAAAAGUUUCAAAGCUGGUAAUAUUUAUGAGAUGAAAGAUGCUUAUGUUCGAGAAAACGAUAUUGAUCCUUCAGGACUUGAUGCAGGGAGAUCUUGUAGACAAAAGCAACAUGUUUGA